CAAGGCGACACCGCCAAACCUCGCCCAGAGUCAGGCGUGGAAAGCAGCCUGAGCGGCGGAGGCGGCGGCGGGCGGCGGCUGGCGGCGGCGGCAGAGACCGCCGUGGCGCCGGGAGCAGCGAGCCGAAGGGAACGGGGAGCGACAGCGACGGCAGGGACCCGGUGACAGCGCGAGAGGUACUGAGUGUAACACGUCUGCAUCAUGCGUGAAUAUAAGCUCGUCGUUCUUGGCUCAGGAGGUGUUGGAAAGUCAGCUCUGACUGUACAGUUUGUUCAAGGAAUUUUUGUUGAAAAAUAUGACCCUACGAUAGAAGAUUCUUACAGAAAGCAAGUUGAAGUAGAUGCACAGCAGUGUAUGCUUGAAAUCCUGGACACUGCAGGAACGGAACAAUUUACAGCAAUGAGAGAUUUGUACAUGAAGAAUGGCCAGGGCUUCGCUUUGGUUUACUCGAUCACAGCGCAGUCCACAUUUAAUGACUUACAAGACCUGAGAGAGCAGAUUCUUCGGGUUAAAGACACUGACGAUGUUCCAAUGAUUCUUGUGGGCAAUAAAUGUGACUUGGAAGACGAAAGAGUUGUAGGGAAGGAACAAGGUCAAAACCUAGCAAGACAAUGGAACAACUGUGCAUUCUUAGAAUCUUCUGCAAAAUCAAAAAUAAACGUUAAUGAGAUCUUUUAUGAUCUAGUGCGGCAAAUUAACAGAAAAACUCCAGUGCCUGGCAAGGCCCGCAAAAAGUCGUCAUGCCGGCUGCUUUAAUGUCCUGGGUGUGUUGUAGCUCUGAGCCAGGUCUGAAGAACUGUUGCCCAAUUCAACAGUGCCAGCAUUCCAACUUUGUAAACCUACCAACGUCUUCACUGGACUUUCCUGUGGUGGUGCCCUUGAGGCGGAUGAAAGCCACUGUAUCAGUUUGCACAUUCUAUCACUUUUCCAGUUCACGAGAUAUUUUUACUUCUAUACUAGGUUCUAGAGUAUGCAGCUGGUCAGACCAGAGGCUACAUCCAGUAUUACUGCUAAGAGACAUUCUUCAUCCACCAAUGUUGUACAUGUAAGGAAAUGGUGUACUGUAUACUUUACCACACCCCAUACUUUGUAUUGGAGAGUACAAUAAUGUAAAUCCUAAAAGCACCACUAUUUUAGCAUAAUAAAAGAAAGUCCAAAGAGCUCCUGUAUAGACUACUCCAGAUAACUUCGCUUCUUUGAUACUUGUAGCUUAUUGUAAUUUUUUUUAAAUUCAAGGUCAUUAUCAUUGUAUUAUACAAAAAUAAGCGCUUUGAUUAACACAGCUAUAUAGUUUUUUUAAUUUUUCAAAAUCCUGUGGAGACAGUGAUCUUGUCUUUAAAAUAUGAUAGUCCUUUCAGUAUAAUGUCUUAGAUUAAAGACGUUGCCUUUAAUAUCUGUUGGGAAGGAAAUGUCCAGACUUUUCAAAUCUCCUUAUUAUAUGUUUCCUUUUUUGUUUACAUAGGGAACAAUGUUUAUAGUUGUGUGUACAGUGGGGGUCUACAACAAGAAGUGUAUAUUUUCAAACAAUUUUUUAAUGAUUUAACAAUUUUGUAAAUCAUUUCCAGGCUUCUGCAGCUGUAGAUUCUCACUGUGACUCCUUGCUUGCUCAUGCCUAUGUGUGUCUGCAAUACCAAAUACACAGGGGUAGUGCUGUGGCCUGUUAGUGGUUGUUUCUCAUGUGACGAGUACUGUGGAUGUGAAUGUGGGAAGUAAUUUUAAUCAUGUGUAAUUGGUCACAAGGCCUAACCGCAGUAAUUCUUGCUGUUUUAUUUAACAAUGCCUUGUUGCUUUGUGUGCAUCAACGUUUGGGUGUAAAGAUUGUGUGUCCAUCCAACAGGGAGCCACAGUAUUUAAAUUGACCAACCUGAUGUUACAAGGACUUUGAGGUGGCCAAAUGUAAACUAAAGCCUUAAUCACAGUGGUGCAAUUUUGUAUAACUUAGCAUCCGUAGUUCAAUAAAUCUGGAUUGCCGUGCAAGGGCUUGCAUUAUAAUUACUUGCCACUUGAAUGUGUUUUGUGUAAUGUUUUAACAGUGCUAGUAAAUAAAUAUGGGUUUACCUUUUUAAA